GCCGCUAGUACCCACGUCAGAACACACAGUGACAGCCUGACCUCCGAACCGUGUGGAUCCUCGUCGGUUUCCAGCCAGCGCUGACCAGUUUCGUGUCGUGUUUAUUCCUGCUCGUGUGUGCAAUAUAGAAACACAGAAGUAUCAUGAGUGAUACUGCAAUGCGUGUAUUGGUUACUGGAGGCUCAGGCCUGCUUGGUCGGGCUGUGAUGAAGGUGUUUCAGGAGAAAAAUUGGAACGUACUCGGAACAGCAUUUUCAAGAGUUAGCCAGGGCCUGGUGAAGUGUGACCUGACAGACAGCAGCUCAGUUGAGGCCUUGAUAGAGAAGGAGAAGCCUGAUUUCAUCAUCCACGCAGCAGCCGAGAGAGCUCCAGAUGCUGUCGAGAAUAGAUAUGAGGAGACGCGGAAGCUCAAUGUUGCAGCUUCUAGCCAUCUUGCAGCAGUUGCAAAGCGCAUUGGGAGCAAACUCAUAUACAUUAGCACAGAUUACGUCUUUGAUGGAACAUCGCCCCCUUACAGAGAGACAGACACUUGCAAUCCCUUGAAUAAAUAUGGGCAAACAAAAUUGGAUGGAGAAAAAGCAGUUUUAAAAGAAGAUCCAAGCGCCUGCAUUCUAAGGGUUCCAAUUCUGUACGGUCCUGUUGAGAAAGUGGAUGAGAGUGCUGUGACAUGCCUGCUGCCACUUUUACAGUCCAAGGCACCCAAGAAGGCAUCCCACUAUGAGAAGCGAUACCCUGUCCAUGUCAGGGAUGUGGCACUUAUUUUGCGGGAUCUUGUCAUUGCAAUCACCAAGGACAAAGAAAUCAACGGAAUAUUCCAGUGGAGCGGAAAGGAGCAGCUGACGAAAUACGACAUGAUUGUGGCAAUGUCGAGGGUGCUGUCACUCUCCCAUGACCACAUUACACCCGACCCCAACCCAGCUCCCGGUGCACCUAGACCCUACGAUGCCCGCAUGGAUUCGUCACGCCUUGAGGCCCUCGGGAUCUCACACCACACUGCCUUUGACGUGGGGAUUAAGGAAUGCCUUAGUCCCUGGUUAGUGUAGGGGAAUGGAUAGAGGAAGGGAAGGCAAGGGUGGGUGUGGGGUGUGAAACACUGUUGUUAUUGUUGUUCUUAGGGAUAUUUUAUUGUCAAGAUAUGCAAGGAGAGAUAAACUUUCAGAGAUACUUUGGUAAAAUUUAAGCUUUUCUGUUAUGAUGAGGGACCUGUGUAUACAUUUCUGAUAUUAAUUGUUCUCUUUUUCUCAAUAAGGCUAAAGAAAGUGAAAAGGAAGAAUUAUAUAUAUAUAUGAUAAGUAUGAUAUAUAUGUUGCAUCAUAUAUAGUAGCUUGCCUCUUAUAUUUCAGGUAAUCUAGGCAUUUUUUGUAUUUUUCUCUAGUUUGAUAUAAAAUGUGACAUAAAAGAUGGUAAUUUUUUUAUAUUAAGGUGGUAAUUUUCUUUAUUUUCUUCUUCUACUUCCUCCUCCUUCAUCUUCUUCCUUCUUUCCCUUCUACUUCAUCAUCAUCAUCCUUUUCUUUGUCUAUAUCUGUCUGUCUAUGUAUCUCUUUUUUUGUUCUUCUUAUUCUUUUUCUUCUUCCUUUUUUCUCUUCAUUUUUUCUUUAGCAAACCCACUAUCAGCUGUUGUUGAUUCUUAUAAUUUCAUUGAACAUGACUGCCUUUUCUGAUAUGAUAAUUUUAUGUUAUAACUGGUUGUGAUAUUACAAUAUGCAAUAAUAAAUUGUAAAUCAAGCUA